UAUGGCCCUGACAGAGCACUGCCUGCCUUCCCCGCUUCCGAGUGUACCUCAGACGUGGAGCCCGAUACCCGGGAGAUGGUGCGAGCCCAGAACAAGAAGAAGAAGAAGUCUGGAGGCUUCCAGUCCAUGGGCCUGAGCUACCCCGUGUUCAAGGGCGUCAUGAAGAAGGGCUACAAGGUGCCCACACCCAUCCAGCGGAAGACCAUCCCGGUGAUCCUGGAUGGGAAGGACGUGGUGGCAAUGGCUCGGACGGGCAGCGGCAAGACCGCCUGCUUUCUCCUCCCCAUGUUUGAGCGGCUCAAGGCCCACAGUGCCCAGACAGGGGCCCGGGCCUUAAUCCUCUCACCCACCCGGGAGCUGGCGCUGCAGACUAUGAAGUUCACUAAGGAGCUGGGCAAGUUCACCGGCCUCAAGACGGCCUUGAUCCUGGGCGGGGACAAGUAAGGGUCCCCUAACCCCAUGCUGCUGUCGCUCUACAAGCACUUCCAUGGUCUUAGUAACAGAG